CGCUCGGCUCCACCCCUCGCGGUGAUUGGCCGCCUGUGUGCCUUUCCUGAGCUACAGUUCUGGCGGCCAAUCAAUGGUGAGGAGGCGGAGCCAAGCAGCCGCUCACGAACAUCCAGUGGCCGAACUGAAGGCGCAGCCGCGCUUCCUGGACUGGAGUCGUCGUGGGACCGGGACCAGUGGAAGGAAUAGUGCCCCAUCAUUGGUAUCAGUGGGAGGAAUAGUGCCCCAUCAUUGGUAUCAGUGGGAGGAAUAGUGCCCCAUCAUUGAUGUCAGUGGGAGGAAUAGUGCCCCAUCAUUGGUAUUAGUGGCAGGAAUAGUGCCCCAUCAUUGGUAUUAGUGGCAGGAAUAUGGGAGGAAUAGUGCCCCAUCAUUGGUAUCAGUGACACCAAUGAUGGGGCACUAUUCCUCC